CCCGUUCCUGUCAUCAUAUCCCGCUCUUCCCAGUCGUUAUUUCCUCUGUGCUCCACACAACCUUGAAGGCGAUCGCACUUCUGAGUCUCCGCCUAUCUACUGGUACUUCGCUUGGUGGCAAUUUGGCCUGCUUUUGUUUGACCUUCUACUAUUUACAUUACUCUCAGCCUCGGUGGGACUCUUGCUCGCAAGCUCUGAUCUCUGAUCAUCGUCGCACCGGUUCCUAGCUUCCUCAUCCAUGUCACUCCAGGUGGGCGACCCACGGUCGCGAGGCCGUUCCAAGUCCCCAGGCGGCCGUAUCCGCGACCGUUCCAAAUCUCGCGACAGUCGACAACCUUCAACCCUUGACCGCACUUAUUUGUCUUCCGCCCCGGCGGAUGGGAAGCUGAGGGCCAGAUCCAGGAGCAGGGGUGCUGCGCCAGGAAUCGAGCACGGUCGAGACUACUACUACCAAUCUGACUCGGGCGAAAGCAAAGGUGCAAAGCGCGACAGUAGGUAUUCCUCCUCCGCCCAUCGCCGCGAUGCGCGCUAUGAGAGCUACUCCGAGAACUCGUACUCGGACUCGGAGGAUGAUGCCCUUGCCUACGGUGACCUUCCUGAUGAUGACCUGGAGCGAAGUUAUUACGGCUAUAAGGGUACCGGCCGCGCUGCGUCACCGCGUCAUGGUGGUGCUGUGAUGUCUGGUGCACUCAAUCCGGGUGUACCCCCGGCUGGGGCGUCAUCUCGCUCUGGGGAUGGCAUGGAGCAGGUUCCUGGUGGUCAUCCUAGCUAUGCCCGACCCGACCCUUUCAAAUAUGCUGCGCAAUCUCAGCAUCCUCACGCUCAACCGUCACAUUACGGUGAUCCUCUUGCUUCAUCUACCGUACCAUCUACAUGGGCACCGAUACCUGAGUGUGAGCGACCGGGGUUUGUACCUCCAUUGCCUCAGAGGCCCAAUCAAGCAAUGCCUGGUGCAUUCCCCGCCGGCUCUACUCAGCCUGAGAUGCCUGCCGCAACCGCUGCAGCCCCAAUGCCUACAUACAGAUAUGUCGAUCCAAGUUCGACACAGAACCCUUAUGCACCGCAGAAUGGUCGCCCGCUGUCGGUGUCUGCUGCCAAUACAUACGCAGCUGGAGUGGGCUCUUCAGCCCAUCAACGCUCCGCAUCGAGCGAUGCGGCAAUUAAGCCCUCAUAUGCUGCCCCAACCCCGUUUCAGUAUGCGCAAGUUGAUCCUAACGUGAAAUACUCAACCAAAAGUGCCGCGCAAAAUGCUACCAAGCCGGUCACGUAUUCCGCGGCGCCUCAAUACUCGAAGAGUGGCGGCUCACAGGCCAAUGACUCGCCCUAUAGUGGAGUCAAAUAUACGGCUGCUCCUCAACCUCCUAAAACUCCGGCCAGUCGUCAGGAAAGCGGUCCGCAGUACGUGGAGAUUGCACCUGGAAACCGGAAUGCUGGCCGGCCUCAUAGUCACUCCGUAUCGUCGGCCCAUAAUCUCACAGUUGCUGGCCCUGACCCGACUCAACGACCGGCCAGCCCGCUCCAAGAGCCGUACAAAGGGACCUAUCAAAGCAUAUCGCCGAUGCCAUCACCUAUUGUCAUUUCGUCACGGUACGAUGAUGACGUCUCAGACUUAGAGCUAGUGGGCACUAGUUCAGACGAGGGAAAGAGGGAACACAGACGCAAGAAGAGUAAGGACGAGAGGGAGUUGAAGCCCGAUCGUGUGAAACGGGAGAGUAGCCGAGUACGGCACGAACGACAUGGGUCCAUCGGUCCUGACGCUCUCGUCGUGAUAGCCCCUAGCAGCAGUCGAAAACGAGUUACCUUCUACGAUGCAGGUCCUGAUGCUCUAGCCUUGCAACAGGCUCUAUCGCACACGCGACAUGUUGACAAUAAAACCCUGAUCAAAGUGUUGCCACACUUGACAAGCGAUGAAAUCCUGGAUCUGCGCAAGGAGUACAAAAAGCACGUCAAAGUCCACGGAAAGGGAGUGAACCUGGCGAAGCACGUCAGACUGAAUCUGGGCAACAGCGCUUUUGGCAAAGUAUGCUAUGCUACGGCUUUGGGACGUUGGGAGUCCGAGGCCUAUUGGGCAAAUUGCUACUACCAGUCAAGUACAUCUCGGCGUGAACUCCUGAUUGAGUCUCUCUUCGGCCGGACAAAUGGCGAAAUCAGUGAGAUUAAAGAAUGUUUUCGGGAUUCACGGUACUCGGAUAGCCUGGAAAAGUGUAUGAAAGCCGAACUGAAGGCAGAUAAAUUCCGUUUGGCAGUCCUACUUGCUCUUGAAGAGACUCGACAGAACGAACGAGAUCCACUGGAUCCAGAACUUAUUGAGCGAGAUGUGCACGAGUUACAUCGCGCUCUGGUUUCGCGCCAUGGGGGUGAGACGGCGAUGAUCUAUAUCAUCGUCCGGCGAAGCGAUCCACAUCUUCGAGAAGUGCUACGCGCUUAUGAGAAGGUCUAUCAGCGUAAUUUCGCUCGGGCUAUGAUGGAAAAGUCGCAAAAUCUCGUGGGCGAGACACUUGCACAUAUACUGAACGGAGCAAUCAAUCGACCCAUGCGUGAUGCUCUCCUUCUGCACCAGGCGCUACGCGAAUCACGUACGGGUAAGGAGCGGUCCGAGCUCCUGAUCUCACGACUGGUCCGGCUUCACUGGGAGCCACGACACUUGGAAAAGGUCAAGAACGAGUUUCGGCAGCGGUACCGUGAGCGGCUGGAAGACGCUAUUGCCGAAGAAGUAUUGACAAGUAGCGGAGGUAGCGAAUGGGGAGAGUUCUGUAUCGAGCUAGCUCGCAGCUCCAAGACUCUUGUUGGCCGCGGUUGAGAAUCUGGCUGCUCUGGGGAAGGUUGCUCUUUUGAUUUUUCUUAUUUCUUAUUUCUUCCCAAAAGGAACAGUAUAUACUAUUCCCUUGCUUCCAGCGCGUGAUGAAUGACGAUUAUGAUGAUGAUAAUGAUAAUGGUAUCAGUAUCAUGAAUGCAACAUGUCGAGGCGAUGUUCUUUACUUAUGGAUACCUGGACUGGCUGAUCUGUCUGUCCUCUACCCCCUCAGCAAGACCGGAGCAUGCUGGGCUCUCUGGCGGCGACGGCAGACACGGACAGAUCGACAUGUUCUCUCGGAGCAGGAAGGGGAUAUUUCUGUCAGGUGGAUAAGACAUGGGGUGGU